AUGGGUAAUGUUUGAUGGAACGCUUCAGAACACUAACACCGUUGUUCAGUUGUGUACAGCAAGUGGAUGUUGUUUGUAACUGCUAGUGCGUGCAGUAUGUGUUGUGUUUAGUGGAAAUAGUGUCCGAACAUGUUACGUAGGCAAGCACGGUUGAGGAGGGAGUACCUCUACAGAAAGUCGAAGGAGAAUAUGGUACGAGCUAUUCAAGAGAAGAAAGAAAGACUGAGUCGGUGCCUGGAUGAAAAUUUACCGAUUCACACAGAUCUUAGGAAGAACGCAAUAGACCUGCAGAAGAAGUUGGAAUGGGAAGACAAAGGACCGGAAGUAGCCGUUGCAAUUGGGACUGAAAGUGGUGGUGGUGGAAUUUCACAUGAAGAUGACGAAUACCGUUGGGCUGGUGUCGAAGACCCGAAGAUCAUGAUAACGACGUCGCGUGAUCCAUCUUCGAGAUUAAAAAUGUUCGCCAAGGAGCUAAGAUUAAUAUUCCCCAAUUCCCAGCGUAUGAACCGUGGUAAUUACGAAAUGAAACAGUUAAUUAAUGCAUGUCGUGCAAAUGAUGUUACAGAUUUCGUAGUCGUACACGAGCACAGGGGUGUACCUGACAGUUUAGUGAUUUGUCAUUUACCCUAUGGACCGACUGCGUAUUUUACAAUGUCCGAUGUUGUUAUGCGGCACGACAUACCAGACAUUGGAACUGUGUCCGAACAAUAUCCUCAUUUAAUUUUUCACAAUUUUAAAACUCAGCUGGGAAAUCGAGUCAUGAAUAUUUUGAAAUACUUGUUCCCUGUUCCAAAAGAAGACAGCCAUAGAGUUAUAACAUUUGCAAAUCAUGAUGACUAUAUAUUAUUUCAGCACCACACAUUUAAGAAAGUAAAUGGAAAAGACAUUGAACUGACGGAAGUGGGCCCACGAUUUCAACUGAAACUGUAUGAAAUUAAACUUGGGACGUUGGAGCACGCUGAUGCAGCAGACACAGAAUGGGCAUUGCGGCCUUACAUGAACACAUCGGCGAAAAGGAGAUUUCUUUCUCCGGAUGAUGGCUGGGACCAGGAUGACGAUGUUGAAAUAUAACAUUUUCAGCAAAAACAUUUGUUUCAAUAUAAGCCAUAUUCAUGAUGUUUUGUACCGUAAACAGAUAAUUAAAAUGUUUAACACAAA